AGCAGGUGGAGACACUGACAGCUGAUACCUGAACCUGGAGGUCUGGCUGGAGGGCUCCUCUUUAACUCAGUGGAGGGUUUUUGUUUCUUUUUUAUUUAUUUUUUCAUUUUUGAAGGCAUCGGGUUUUGAAUGAUUCUGUUUUGUCAUAUUUUUUAUUUUUCUUGACUAUUUGAAGAUUGAGAUUUGCUGGUGCCUCCAGUCAACGUAGGGAUUCGAUUUUUCAUCAAAACCUUUUAUUGAGAACACUUAAGGACUCUAUUAUUGUGGCACCUGCGUCUGUGAGAGCUCAGUCAUGGCAGACUUCCCGUCCAAAGUUACCACAGAGACCAGCGUCCCUAACUCCCAGAACUCCCACGGUGGGAACAGCAUCCGAGGGCUGCCUGGAAGCAUAUCCUCCAGGGUGGACUUUUCAUUUAUCCGAAGCAUCCCAGCUAUGCUGAUGAUCGCUGAAAUUGUUUUUGGGCUGCUCCACUGGGCGCUGAUAGCAGGCACCUCUAAAGUGGGAGGAGCGUAUGGCUGGGUAUUGUUUGUCGCCAUCACCCUGUGGAUCCUCACCACCGUCCUCUUCUUCGUCAUCCUGUUUGGUGUCACACAAACACUGCCUGCUGUCCCAUGGCCCCUGACGGUGAUGGUGUAUUUUAGCGCAGCCACAGUCCUCUAUCUCACUGCUUUCAUCACCAACGCAGCUUAUGUGACUCCCUUCCAAUGGUUCUAUGGACAUUUGGCAGCUGCUGCAUUCUUUGGUGCUGUGGUGACCUUUGUGUACGCAGCCAGUGCUUUCUUCUCCUACUUGGACUGGAAGGGGGACGGAGGAAACGCCGCCACCAACACAGUGCCGACUUAGGGCUGCGCGGCCAGCGGUGCUGCUCCCAGGAACA